AUGGUUGCGUCAGCUAUCCGGAUGCGCACCCCGAGCGCCAUGUUCAUGUCCCGCGGCGCGGCGACUAUGCGCCGUCCCCAGGUCUCUUCCAAGCUUCAGGAAGUUAUGCAGACCCAAGCGCCUGCGCUCUCCGCUCUUUCCCGCUUCUACGCCUCCAAGUCAUUCCCUCCUCACACACUCAUUAGCAUGCCGGCUCUUUCGCCGACAAUGACCGCAGGAAACAUUGGUGUGUGGCAGAAGAAGGCCGGAGACGGUCUCCAGCCCGGUGAUGUUUUGGUCGAGAUCGAGACCGAUAAGGCACAGAUGGACUUCGAGUUCCAGGAUGAGGGUGUCCUCGCCAAGGUUCUCAAGGACAGCGGCGAGAAGGACGUCGCUGUUGGUUCGCCCAUUGCCGUCCUUGUUGAGGAGGGUUCCGAUGUUGCCGCCUUCGAGGCCUUCACCCUGGCCGAUGCUGGUGGUGACAAGGCCGCCCCCGCUGAGCAGAAGGAGGAGCCCAAGAGCGCCGAGCCCGCUACUCCCGCCCCUGCUGCGGAGGCACCCGCCGCUGUGGAGCCCGAGAACUCCGAUGAGAAGCUCCAGCCCAGUCUCGACCGUGAGCCCCUCAUCAACGCCGCCGCUAAGGCCCUGGCCCUUGAGAAGGGUGUGUCCAUCAAGGGCCUGAAGGGUACCGGCCGUGGUGGUGUUAUCACCAAGGAGGACGUCGAGAAGUCCCAGCCCGCUCCCGCCGCCGCCGCUGGUGCCAGCUACGAGGACCUCCCCGUCAGCUCCAUGCGCAAGACCAUUGCCAACCGUCUCAAGCAGUCCAUGGCCGAAAACCCCCACUACUUCGUGUCCACCACCCUCUCGGUCACCAAGCUUCUGAAGCUCCGCCAGGCCCUGAACGCCUCCUCCGAGGGCAAGUACAAGCUGUCCGUCAACGACUUCCUUGUUAAGGCCUGCGGUGUUGCCCUUCUUAAGGUUCCCCAGGUCAACUCCAGCUGGCGCGAGGAGAACGGCCAGGCCGUCAUCCGCCAGCACAGCACCGUUGAUAUCAGCGUUGCCGUCUCCACCCCCACUGGCCUGAUCACCCCCGUCGUCAAGAACGUCCAGGGUCUCGGUCUCUCCAGCAUCUCCAGCCAGGUCAAGGACCUUGGCAAGCGUGCUCGUGACAACAAGCUCAAGCCCGAGGAGUACCAGGGCGGCACUUUCACCAUCUCCAACAUGGGCAUGAACGCCGCCGUCGAGCGUUUCACCGCCGUCAUCAACCCCCCACAGGCCGGUAUUCUGGCUGUCGGUACCACCCGCAAGGUCGCUAUCCCCGUUGAGACCGAGGAGGGCACCGUCACCGAGUGGGAUGACCAGAUCAUCGUCACCGGAUCCUUCGACCACAAGGUUGUCGAUGGCGCCGUUGGUGGUGAAUGGAUCAAGGAGCUGAAGAAGGUCGUUGAGAACCCUCUGGACCUUCUUCUGUAA